CACCCCCGGCAGCCCCCGGUAGCGAUGAGCGAUAACGAUGACAUCGAGGUGGAGAGCGACGAGGAGCAGCCGAGGUUUCAGUCCGCGGCAGAUAAACGUGCUCAUCACAACGCUCUGGAGCGCAAGCGCAGGGACCACAUCAAGGACAGUUUCCACAGCCUGCGGGACUCUGUCCCGUCCCUCCAGGGAGAGAAGGCAUCCCGGGCCCAAAUCCUGGACAAAGCCACAGAGUACAUCCAGUACAUGCGCCGGAAAAACCACACACACCAGCAGGACAUCGACGACCUCAAGAGGCAGAACGCGCUCCUGGAGCAGCAAGGUCAGCACCUGCAGGGGUCCCAGAGGACCUGGGGGUGCCCCGGGGCUGACUCGGUGCCCGCCGUGCCCCCCGCAGUGCGGGCCCUGGAGAAGGCCAGGUCGAGCGCCCAGCUGCAGGCCAACUACUCCAGCUCUGACUCGGAGCCCGAGGAGCCGCAGAGCAGGAAGAAGCUGCGCAUGGAGGCCAGUUAGGGCCCCCCCCUCCUCACUCCACAGAACCCUCCCCACCACAACCUGGCUGCCUAAAGACUUUUCUCUCCCUCCUCUCCUAGAAGCUCUUGGACUGCAGCUUCCCGACCCUUCCCCGGCCUCUUUUUCCCCCCUGCUCUAAGCCAGCCAGGGGCUCGCAGCACCCACCCCACAGACUUGG